AUUUGUUCCAUAGUGACAGAAGACCAGCAGAAAUGGACAAUCCCUAUCAUAUUAAGUCUAGACAUUGUAGUCCAGAGUUAGAUCUAUGCUGUUAUUGUCCUGAUUUCAAUAAGAAACAAAAAAAAAACUGUAUAUUUAACCAAAGCAAAAGUAAAACACCAGUUUUAAUAUUAUUUUUGAAGAUAAAAUUAUACGUAUAAUAGAACAGCCUGGACAUUUGUUAUUUUUAUUGUUAUUUUCUAGGUUAAUGACAACUGGCAAAAAUGCUAGGGAACACGAUGCUAAGAUCUGUAAAUUCAAAUGUAUACAAAAGAAAAAUAGAUAUUUCUGAAGAAAGGUCAACUGCAGAGAAUUUGGGAUGGCGAAAUCUUCAAGAAACACACGCUUUAGUUUCUCUAAACUCAGGAGAAAUCCAUCAGCAGCUGACAGGAGGUUCUGCAUGACGUGGAUCAGCAAGAUGGUAAAAAGACAAGUGGAGAAGCAAACUGCAGAACUGCGUAGAGAGUUUUCUCUCAUGAAUCAGGCCCUGAGAGAGGAGAUGGCAGCUGAGCUUCAGGAACAGCUGAGAGAACUAUUGUUAGAAGAAACAGACAAGACACCAUCGUGCUGCAGCAAGCUGGGCUCGGACCUGAGGUUGGCAUCGAGGUGGCAAAGGGAAAUGGCGGGAGGAUUCGAAAACACUGAUGAAGACUACGAAGAUGGGGAGAUACCAAAAACAUUAGUCUUUUCUGAAACACGCAAUGACACAAACAGCAUGUUCAUAUUGAGGAAAAGCCUGAAAGAGGAAUCCUUAAAGAUUUCAUUGACCAGUGAUUCCAGUGAAACUGACUCAACAGAAAUCAGAAACAUCUCCAAAGAUGUACAAGCGAAGCCAGACUCAGGUAAAUGCAAGCAACAGAAAAAUCAGAGCUCUUCCUCAGAUGUCACGCCUACCGGGGACAGCACUACGAAUCCCUUCUGCACUAAGCAAAGCCUCAUUUCCAGUGAAUUCAGCCAUGAGGAUGAGGAUGAAAUGGUCCAUGGAGAUACCGGAAAAGAGGAAGAGGCUUCGAUGAUGGACAACCAGUGGAAGGAAUGGUUGGACAAGCAGGAAAUGAAAGGAUACAGCCACAAAAAAAAGCCAGUUGAAAGUCAAAGGAAUAUGGAAAAACAGGGAGCGGCAGCAUCUGGUGUAUCAGAGAAAAAAAAGGAUCAAAACUUGAAAAGGGGUGACACUAUGAUGAGAUUUAAGACGUAUAUCAGUGAUGUCUUUAGCUCUCAUUCAUCGCAUAAGUGGAUGAAGUUUGAAAAUGAGGGUGGAAGCUCAUGAAAAACAAAAAACAAAGCAUACAAUAAACUAAC